AUGGAUCAACCUAAGUUCGCAAAGUGCCUUACUUUCCCUGCUCAAUCUUUAGUUGAACUCACCCUUGCUUUCCCACUAUGCAGCUUUGAGUCUGAUCACGAAGCAUUAGACCAUUAUCGAAAUUUGGCUAAAAACCUACAAUAUGACCUUGAUGAUACACGAACAGCGUUGGAGGAAUUUCAAACCUCUUCAAAAGAGUUAGAAGCCGAACUUGAAAAGGAUUUGGCUACGACUGAAAAACAACUCAAUGAAUUACGUGGAAGGGAAGAGAACCUGACUCACGAAGUAGAUCAGUGGAAGACUAAAUAUCAAUCAGCUCUACGAGAUCACACCAAAACCAUGACACACAUGCAAGCCGAACUUGAUUCUUUGCGUACAUCGAACGAAGAGUAUCGAACUCGUUUGCGCGAUAUGGAGUUAGAUAACGACGAGCUAGAAGGCAAAGAAAGGAUGGUCACAAGCUCUCUUCAAGACGUCGAGAGUAAGUACGGUAAAGCCAUCGAACGAAUCACAUUACUUGAGGAUGAACUCAUCGAACAUACCCGACUUGAAGAAGAAUGUCAGAGGCUCCGAGAUGAUAUGCGAGAUCUGACCGAAGAGAUGGGUGUGAUGCGAGAUCAACUGGCAACUUUACAAGUCACCAACCCUGUCGAUCUACCGGUCCAACCUCAGCCGCUCACUCCCUCCACUGCCCCUCUAUCUGAAUCUGCUUCGCCCUACUCGUCUCCGCGUUCGAAAGAUCGAACACUAAGUGAAAGAAGCUUGAAGCUAUCAAGAAGUCCACGUCAUCUCUCACGCUCUCCUGCGUGCAAAUCGUCCCCACAGACCGCACAAGUUCAACUCCUUGCUGAUCAGAACGCCGUUACACCGCGCAGACGACUGAUCUCACUGAGUGUCAAUGCAUCUGAAAUCAAGAGUCCAACGGCGAUUCCCAGGUCUUUGACGAGCAUGACCUUAACAAAGAGCUCAUCCCUCAGGAUCAGUCGACGUUCAACCGAACUGAAAGCUACAUUGCAUGAAGUUCUUGCACCCAACAGCCGCAUUCCUGCACCAGGUCAAAGUCCUUCAAGCCUGGGCAAAUCCGUCUUGCGAAGAGAUGGUAACCCGACUACGACCAUGAAAGCUUCCAAGACUCCCACCACAAAUGAAAAUGUUAACACUCGAAACUCUCACCUCCAGUUCUUGAGAGCCGAGACACAGCGAAUGCAAGGUAUGACCCAGAAAUUAGUUAGCUCUCGAACUUCACGUCUUGUGAGUGCUAUUCCAGUACCAAAAGCGUCACUGUUAGCCUCAGCAUACAAGAAUCCGUCUACCGCCUUGACCGCCUCCACUCGAGUACCCGUUUCAAAAAGUCCAACCAAGAAGCCAUCAAUUGGGCACGGUUUGAGCGCAUAUCGCAACCCGGUUAGAAACUUUACACAACCUCCCACACAAGACCAAGACCCCUCGGAAGGUCAAACUACCCGCGUUCCUAGGAAGUCUCAUGCAGCUGUCCCUGUUCCAAGCAAAACUCGUAUUGCUCGACCUUCAUCAAGACUUUCAGACCAUCAAUCAUCUCAACCGCCUAAUAACUCUAAAACUCGUAUUGCACGGCCGUCUUCGCGCCUCUCUGAUCAUCAUCCCCCAUCGAGAUCAGUCACACCAGCCUAUGGAGUUGCACGUCGAAAGCCGUCGAUUGACAGUUCCAAUCCAACCUCAAGACCAGCCAGCUCUUUGGGUCAUAUUCGUCGAAAGAGCACUGCACUCAAUUCCUUACAUUUUAGUAAACCUGACAAUUUGAUGACAGAAGACUUUGUGAAUUCCAAUAUCAGAAAACCACAAUUACUCGGUAAAUCUCUAGGUCCCGGUGCUUUUAGGUCAAGGCCCCCUGCUCCUAUCACUUGA